UUUUUUUUUAUCAUGUCUGAUUUAGAAGCAUGGGUUGAUCAAGUUCUUCAAAUCGAUAGUUCAAAAAAUAGACAGGAUGUCUUGGUUGAUUUGAAAUAUACAAAUAGUAUAGAAACAACCAUCAAUCGCAUAUUGGAUGGUCAAGUAAAGUACUUAACAGAAUAAACAACGAUGCUCAUGACUUUUUCUAGUUUCUUCAAGGCACUACGCGCGAUAAGACCAUGAUCAUCCUUGAUUCCGAUGACGAUGACUUGCCUACGGAAUCUCCCAGAUUUUUUGAUGAGUUAUUGACUCAAAAGAGACCUACACCUGUGGUUCAGAUUGAAGAUGAUGAUCUCGUCAUCGUCGAUCGAAAGGGAAAAAGAAAAGCAACCACACCAACUGCCUUACUGGACUCACAAGAGAACUUGACACCUAAAGAAAUAAAGAAACGAGUGACCGAAGAAAGAAAACGACAACGACUUGAAGCAGCUCAAGAAAAGAAGAAAACCACAGCACUAGAGAAACAAAGACUGAAAGAAAAGAAACAGCUGGAAAAGGAGCGUACUGCCCUGUUUGAAAAAGAGAACAGAGUACGCAAUGAUCGUACUAAAGUCUUGCAGGAAAUGUUGGUCGAUAUCCAUCCUGAUUUCUUGGCUUCUAAAGCAGGUCAGUUAGUUGAACGCGUCUUAUCUGCAAAAGAAGCCACAAUUCAAGACUUGACAGACCAUGAAUUGUUACCGAACUAUACGAUUGGAUGGCGUCGUCAAUGUCGGUCUGAAUGGGAUAGUGAUAGUCAGACAUUUGUUCCUUUAGUCUCGUCUAAAAUAGUCAAGGAACCUGUUAUUUUGGUCUAUUUGGAUACACUGACAUUGAUUAACCAUGUCCAGUCAAACACAUUAGAUGCAUGGAUAGACCGUUUAGAACGAGAUAGAGACUAUCAGAUCAUGCUUUUGAUUGAAGGAUUAGACCAUUACUACAAGAAGAAGAUGUUGAUCAAACGAAGGCAAUUUGCUUCUCAAGUGCUAAAUACAGAACCCACACAAAAGAGAAAGAAACACAACAGCCUAAACCAAGCAAUUGAAGAAGGACCUGGUCGAGAAGAAAUAGAAGAGAGCCUGAAUUAUCUUCAAUGGAUACGGCAUGUUAUGUUGGUCACUACAAAAGAUGAACAAGACACUGCAACCAUGAUCCUCAAGAUAUAUUCUAUACCAUGUUGCAAGAAGUACAGCUAUGUACGCCUGCUAUUGCAUCCAGUAUUAUGCGUGCUUAUCCUACCCUACAAGCAUUAAACAAAGCCUAUGACAGAACAACAGAAGAUGCUGAACUAUUACUGGCUGAUCUUGAAGU